UGCGCAUGUGUAUCGUGGCAACAAAGCAUUAUUUGCAGCGAUCAGUUGAAGUUCAUCACUAGACAGGUUUUUUUUCUUAGACCAGACUUCUUGAGGUGAGAUGGCUCAGCAAAGGAUCCCAAAGGGCCCAAUGAUUGCAGCCAAAGAGAGAGGACCUGGCCCAGGUAGAUACAAGCUGCCAGCAUGUUGUGGACACAGAGGCCAUGACCCCACGAAAAAAAUCAUGCCUGAGUACUCUUUUGGGCAUAGGUUUAAGAAUUCAAUGUUUGGGAAGGACUGCAGUCCAGGACCUGGAUAUCACGUCGAAUCUGCUGUUACCAGAUUUGGAACUGACGGUACACCAGCCUACUCCAUUCUGGGGAGACCCAAGAACGCACGCACCUUCAAGACACCAUGUCCUGGAGCGUAUCGUCCCGAACAAGCGCAUCCUCAAGGGGAGAAACAUGCACCGGUCUACUCCAUGGGAGGAAGAUCCCGAUACAGGAAAAGGGACAACAACCCUUCUCCUAACACGUACACCCUACCCUCCCUCCUGGGCACUAAGAUUCCUGGCAAGACCUCCUCGGCAGCUUACUCUAUGACUCCUAAAGCUUCUGUUGGUAGUUUCUCAGAAGACCUGGCCAAAACACCCGGUCCAGGACGUUACAAUACCACAAGACCAGACCAGUGCGUGAGGAAGGCACCCGCCUACUCCAUGCUCGGGAGGAACACCGUGCCAAGAGACUCCACCACGAUCCCCGGACCUGGUGCCCAUAGUCCCGAAAAGGUGUACAUGAACAAACCAGUACCACCAAAAUUCUCCAUGGGCAUUCGCCAUUCUGAGUACGUCACCCCCCUCAUCGUUGAAGUUAUAGACUAAAUUAAUAGACACGCAGGCAUGCAUUGGAAGAAACUCGAACUUUACAAGAUAAUUAUUAAUUUUUUUGUUGAAAAUGGUUGGUUAUAAUUUAUACAUGAGUACAUGAUUAUUUUGUUCAGAGAAAUGUAACAUGAAAAAU